UCACUUCCACAAUUCCGUGUCAUGGAAAUUUGCAAAUUAACUAACAAAACUUUGAGGUCCUCUCAUUUUAUACCGAUAUAUUCACUAAUAGCAAAAACAUUAUCAGAAUGACGUCACCUGGUAUCCCUCCGCCAGUGAUACGCCCCUUCUUGCUACAGAUCUAUGGCUGAGAUGAAGUAAAAUGAUGGAAUUAUUAUGCACACUGGCAGAUCACGCUAAUGAUAUUAACAGCUGUGCCUUCUCAGACUCAUAUCUCGCUACAAGUUCAUUGGAUAAAACUAUAAGGGUUUAUUCCUUGAAGGAUUUCAAAGAAGUGCAUUUUUCACCACUCAUAGGACACACAUACACGGUGCACUGUUGCUGCUUAUCCUAUGACAAGCCAAUUCUAGCCUCAUGUUCAACAGAUGGAAAAACGAUACUCUGGGAUAUGCACAAUGGGCAGAUUAUGGCUACAUUCGAGCAACCUAAUGGUAAUCCAGUAAGAGUUUGCAAAUUCUCACCCAGUUCAAUUUACUUGGCAUCAGGUGCAGCUGAUGGCAGUGUAGUGUUAUGGAAUGUCCCCUUGCUGAAAUUUCACAGAUCGAGCACUGUAAAGGAUGGCUAUCCGGUGGCUUGUGCAUUCUAUCCUGGUGGAAAUGUCUUUGUUACGGGUUCAUCAAGUGGUGAUUUAACAGCUUGGGAUGAGAACAUGAGAUGUUUAUACACUGAUAAGGCACAUGAUCUAGGUGUUACAUGUUGUGACUUUUCUUCACAACCAAUAACUGAUGAGCAGUAUGGCACAGAGUGUUUCCAAAUGGCAUCUUGUGGACAAGACAAUGAAAUCAGAUUGUGGAUUGUCUCCUUCAGUGAUGCACAAGGAUUUGAAAUGAUGUGUAAACUUACUUUAAGUGGACAUUCAGCCCCUGUUCUCUGCUGUGCUCUUUCAAAAGAUGGAUCGAUAUUAGUUUCUGGGUCUGUGGAUAAGUCUGUAAUAAUAUACAAAGCUAAAACUGGGAGCAUUCUUCAUACCCUCACUCGGCAUACACGAUAUGUUACAGCAUGUGCCCUAGCCCCAAAUCUUCCACUGCUUGCUACUGGAUCAAUGGAUAAGACUGUAAAUAUUUGGAGACUGGAACAAGGAAGUAAUUUACAAAUUGAUGCAGUUGAAAAUAAGACAGAAACCCCUAUUGUAAGUUGGUCAGAGGAAGAUGUCUUAGUCUGGCUUUCUAGAGAGGGGUUGACAGAGGUGGAACAUAUUUUCAAGAGAAAUAAUAUUGAUGGCAAAGAACUUGUAAAUCUUACAAAGGAAAUUCUUCAGAGGGACCUUAAUAUAGAGUCUCUAGGCCUGCGAAAUAAGAUCCUUAGAAAAAUUGAGGAUGUAAAGAAGAAAACAGCAUCGACAAACAUCCCCGAUGAAUUUCUGUGUCCUAUAACCAGAGAAAUUAUGAUGGAUCCAGUUAUUGCAUCAGAUGGUUAUUCAUAUGAAAGAAAAGCAAUUGAGAAUUGGAUUUCCACACAGAAGAGAACAAGCCCCAUGACUAACCUACCCCUUUCCACACUUCUGCUCACACCGAACCGGACGCUGAAAAUGGCGCUGAACCGCUGGUUAGAAGCCCAGUGACUUAUGGAUACAGACAUUAAAAAAAUCCCACAUCAAGAUCUUAUAAAUCAUUUAAAGGCAGACCUACUGCGUAAUCAUAUUCCAACCAAUAAAGGCUUAAAAUGAUAUUUCUGAUUAAUCAGUACAAGAAUAAAUCAUUUUAUAAAGCUA